CGUCAAAUGAAUUUUUUUUUAUUUUUUAUUUUUCGAAAAUAUUUUUCUUUUCCUUUACUCUUUUCCUUUAUUACAUUAUUAUAUAUAUAUGCCUUCUCCUAGUCGAUCAAGAGAAGAAGAAGAAGAAGAAGAACUUACUAUUUCUUCUUCUCCUUUCCAACCUGGUGCUGCGGUGAAGAAACGAAAAACGAACUCUGACAAGGAUAGUAGUCAACCUACUGGGUUCGAAGAAGAACUAAGGAUCUUGGAAGAAUCUAUGGAUAUCGAUGCUAUAUCUACUUGGGCACGAAAUCCUGCACCAACGAUCGAUCCUAAAACUGACAAAUUAUUAUUCCAACAGAUCGAAAUGGAUGAUUUUAUGGAUAUUAAAACAAGACGACCUAUUGUUCGCUUUUUUGGUAUUACUGAAAAUGGUAACAGUGUUGUCUGUAAUGCCCAAGGUUUCCUUCCUUAUUUUUACUUUCCUGCUCCUAUUGGUUUGAAGAAGUCCCACUUACCAGCAUUACAACAAGCUCUUUCUAGUGCUGCUGGAGAAGCCAAUAUUAUCAGUCACCUUGAAAUUACUAUGAAACAAAGUCUAUAUGGAUAUAGAGGUGAUACGAAAUCUCCAUUUGUCAAAGUAACAGUAUUUGAUCCAAGAAAUAUCUCCAAAGUGAAAAACAAGGUAGAAACUGGUGUCGUUGUUCCUGGUCUGGAUCGCAAAUGUCAAUCUGAUACAACUUAUGAAAGUAAUUUGGCCUAUCUCUUACGAUUCAUGAUUGAUUGUAAGGUUAGUGGUUGUAAUUGGAUAGAACUACCUCCCGGAUCCUAUACUCUUGCUGAAACCCAUUCAUCUCAUGCACAAAUUGAAGUCAACACAAGUUAUGAUAAAUUCAUCAGUCAUCCUCCUGAAGGUGAAUGGUCAUCUAUGGCUCCUCUACGAAUUCUUAGCUUUGAUAUUGAAUGUGCUGGUCGAAAAGGUAUCUUUCCAGAGCCUGAUCAAGAUCCUGUAAUUCAGAUUGCCUCCGUUGUUAAGGUUCAAGGUGAAAAAAAUCCAUUUGUCCGAAAUGUGUUUACUCUGAAUGAUUGUGAUCACAUUGUGGGCACUGAUGUUCAAUCAUUCUAUGAUGAAAGGGAGUUGUUACAAAAAUGGGCUGACUUUUUUAUUGAGGUCGAUCCAGAUGUUGUCAUCGGUUACAAUACAAGUAACUUUGAUUUUCCUUUUUUGUUGGAUCGAGCAAAUCAUCUUGGCGUGGCGAAAUUUCCCUACUUGGGUCGCAUCAAAGGAAUAAAAACUGAAGCAAAGGAUACAAAAUUCUCUUCAAAGGCAUUUGGUACCCGGGAAAACAAGGCUAUCAACUUGGAAGGCCGAUUACAAUUAGAUAUGUAUCAGGCCAUACAAAGGGAUUACAAAUUACGAUCAUAUACUUUGAACUCUGUCAGUGCCCACUUUUUAGGGGAACAAAAGGAAGAUGUACAUCACUCAAUCAUUACAGAAUUACAAAACGGAAACUCAGAAACUCGUCGUCGAUUGGCUGUUUACUGUUUGAAGGAUGCUUUUUUACCAUUACGACUUUUGGAAAAAUUGAUGAUGUUGUUCAAUUAUACUGAAAUGGCAAGAGUAACAGGAGUCCCAUUCAACUAUAUUCUUGUGCGUGGUCAACAAAUCAAGGUGAUUUCUCAACUUUUCCGUCGUGCUUUAGAAGAAGAUUUGGUGAUUCCAGUGAUUAAAUCAGAAAUUGCGGAAGAACAAUAUGAAGGUGCUACUGUGAUUGAUCCUGUCAAAGGUUAUUAUGAUGUCCCUAUUGCCACUCUUGAUUUCACGUCUUUGUAUCCAUCUAUUAUGCAAGCACAUAAUCUUUGUUACACCACAUUACUCACGCCACAAACUGUCCAACAGCUGGAUCUGAAGGAAAACAUUGACUAUGUAGUUACUCCUAACAACGAUAUGUUUGUCACGGCAAACCGUAGAAAAGGUUUACUUCCUCAGAUUCUUACAGAUUUACUUUCAGCAAGAAAACGGGCCAAGAAUGAUUUGAAAAAGGAAACGGAUCCCUUCAAAAGAGCUGUAUUAGAUGGUCGUCAACUUGCUCUCAAGAUUAGUGCAAACUCAGUAUAUGGUUUUACCGGUGCAACAGUUGGUAAACUUCCAUGUCUUCAAAUCUCCUCUAGUGUCACUGCUUAUGGUCGUCAAAUGAUUUUUAAAACAAAAGAGACGGUAGAAUCACAUUUUACGGUGGCGAACGGAUACAAACAUGAUGCUAAGGUUAUUUAUGGUGAUACUGAUUCUGUUAUGAUCAAAUUUGGUGAACAAGAUCUUGAAGAAGCGAUGAAGUUAGGUCAAGAAGGUGCCAAGAUAGUUACUGAUCAAUUUAUCAAGCCAAUCAAUCUUGACUUUGAAAAGGUGUAUUUCCCAUACUUGUUGAUUAGCAAGAAACGAUAUGCUGGUCUCUAUUGGACAAGACCUGAUAAAUAUGACAAGCUAGAUGCAAAGGGUAUUGAAACUGUACGCCGUGACAAUUGCCGAUUGGUAUCCAAUGUGAUUCAAAAUUGUUUGAAUAAACUGUUGAUUGAACGUGAUGUGGACGGUGCGCAGACAUAUGUCAAACAAACUAUCUCUGAUUUGCUUCAAAAUAAGGUGGAUUUAUCUCAACUGGUGAUUACCAAAGCGCUUAGCAAAUCAGAUUAUGCAGCGAAACAAGCACAUGUGGAAUUGGCAGAAAGAAUGAGGAAACGGGAUGCUGGGUCUGCGCCUGCUCUUGGUGAUCGUGUUGCUUACGUGAUUAUUAGGGCUCGAAACAACGCUCCUGCUUAUGAACGGUCCGAAGAUCCUAUCUAUGUUUUGGACAAUAAUAUUCCUAUUGAUACCCGGUAUUACCUUGAAAACCAAUUAUCAAAGCCUUUAUUACGUAUUAUGGAACCUGUCAUGGGUGAAAAAGCAGCGGAAUCUUUAUUAAGUGGUGCUCAUACACGUUCGGUAAAUAUUGCUACUCCUACUAUUGGUGGUUUGAUGAAGUUUGCGGUGAAAACAGCUACUUGUUUAGGAUGUAAAUCUCCUCUACCCAAAGGUGAUUCAUCACCUGUUUGUGUCCAUUGUCGUCCACGAUUAGCCGAGUUAUAUAAGAAGCAGGUUGAUUCUGUCAGUGAACUUGAAGUUAAGUUCUCUCGACUUUGGACUCAAUGUCAACGGUGUCAAGAAUCUCUUCAUCAAGAUGUCAUUUGCUCCAACAAUGAUUGUCCAAUCUUUUAUAUGCGAAAGAAGGUGCAAAAGGAUAUGAAUGAAUCAACAGCCAAAUUACAAAGGUUCUCCAACGUGGAUUGUAUAUAAAAUUCAAGCGUUUGUUUGGUAUUCGACUUUUUUUUUUUUUUAGUUAGUAUUAGUAUAAGAUGUUCCCCUCUUCUUUUUAAUGAUAUAUAUUUUAUUUAUUCCUUUAAAAUAAAAUAAACAAUCGCCCUCAUUCUACAUAUUCAAUAAAUAAAGUGAAAUACAAGAUGCUCUGCA